UGAAAAGCUCACGUUGGGUUGAGAUAGGUGGUGCUUGUUGUUUGGCUUUCAGUGAAAAUGGCCCAUAUGUUUCUCGACGUACCUGUUUAGUUCCUACCUGUUGCAUUGUAUUGUAUGCUGAUAUUGUAGACCGUUGCAGUGCUAAGGCUGUGGCUGUAUUGUUUUCUGACAGCUGUUAAGUAGAGAAGCCUUUUAAACAAACAUGUUGUCAUUGUCUAGCAACCACCCCCACUCUCUCUCUCUCUCUCUCUCUCUCUCUCUCUCUCUCUCUCUCUCUCUCUCUCUCUCACACACACACACACACACACACAGCGGUGUCAGUCGUUUGCCAGUAGCCAGCUGUCUCUACCUUCCUGCUGACACCUGUGCAGCUGAAGCCUUUUGUUGCAGAGCUGAGGGCGUCCUCCUGCUCCUGGGAAAAGAGGCAUCUGAUCUGAUGUGUCGCUGAAAAGGGCUUUCCUUUGGUCUGUGCCACAUCAGAGGGCUGCAGCCAUGGAUCCAUCCUCAGAUGAAGAGGAGGUGCGCACCUUCGUCCAGGUGAUCAGCGAGAAGUACAACCCGGACAAUUUCCGUUACUGCCGCGGCCAAGGCAUGGGCGUGGUGGUGCUGCCCAGCCCCCCAGCAUCACCCAUUAAAGACCGCCUGUUCCUGCCCAGUGUGCUUGUGCUCAACGACUGUGGCAUCAGCAAAGCGGGUGACAGGUCGGAGGUGGCGGCUUUCUGUGCCCAUGUGGUGGAACUGGACCUGUCCUACAACCAGCUCAGAGACUGGGCAGAGAUCUGCACCAUUGUUUCCAACACCCCCCACCUGGACUUCCUUAAUCUGAGCAUGAACCCGCUGAGUGGGGUGCAGCUGGAGCCCAGCCUGGCUGAGGUUUUCUCCCGGGUGCGACGGCUUGUCCUCAUUAACACACAAGUCAGCUGGGACACCGUGCACACGCUCACAAAGCACACGCCAGAGCUGGAGGAACUCUUCCUGUGUCUGAACAGUUAUGCCUCAGUGUUAGAGUCCCAGACGUCCUGCCCGUCCCUUCGCCUGCUGCAGAUCACAGACAACCAGCUGCAGGAGUGGGCAGAGGUCAGGAAGCUGGGACUGAUGUAUCCCAGUCUGGACACGCUGGUGCUGGCCAACAACAACCUGAGGUCCGUGGACGACGGUCAGGAAUCACUACAGUGCCUCUUUCCCAGCCUGCGCAGCAUCAACCUCCACAACUCAGGGCUCAGCACCUGGGAGGAUAUCGGGAGGCUGAAUUUCUUCCCGAAGCUGGAGGAGGUAAAGGCGAUGGGGAUUCCUUUACUGCAGCCCUACACCAACCAGGAGAGACGCAGCCUCAUUGUAGCCCAGCUGCCGUCGGUGUCGGUGCUGAACGGGAGCGCGGUGUCGGACGGAGAGAGAGAAGAUGCUGAGAGGUUCUUUAUCAGACACUACCAGGACUGUCCAGAGGAGGAGCUUCCUGAGAGGUACCACAUCCUCGUGUCCAAGUACGGUCACCUGGCCCCGCUGGCGGAGGUGGACCUGAGACCCCGCAGCACAACGGUGGACGUGCGCUGGGGCGACAGGGUGGAGCCGGUCAGCCUCCGACUGGAGCAGACCGUGGGGGAGCUGAAGAAACAGCUUCGAGCGCUGCUGCAGCUCCCGUCCAGCGGCGUCAGACUGUUCCACAUCAACCGGGAGAUGUGCUCGGUUCUGGGGCCCGAGGAGAUGAAGUACGGCUGCCGGGCGCUCCACUCCUACAGCAUUCAGGACGGAGACGAGAUCCUCGUCGUGCCCAAGGUCAAAAACCGCUGCAGCUCGUCGGACUUUUGAGUCAGCAGGUUUGGUGGGAUGGGAAAAAGGGACCUCAGGAAUCUAAGAAAACGAACACGUACUGGAGACAAAGCUUUUGCGUUGAGCCUUUUUAUUUGUAAGGAAAUGUAUGAAUGUAAAGAUGUUUGCCGGAAAUCUACCAUGUCGAACAAGUGAGUACAGAAAUAUAGGUCCACAUACACUUGAACACAGAUGUCCAAAGUUACAAAGAUUGCAUUAAAAGAUUAAAAGAUUGCAUUUUUUUUUGUGCUUUAGUUGCUUGAGUUAAAAGGGCAGGGCUUAUAUCUUAUUCACUAAGGCUUCAAUUUAAAGGGGAGAUAAGUAAACGUAAAUGGGGCAUUGUGAGGGUCGGCGUGUAGACUUCAGACUCGCCUGUGCGCUCAGGCUCUUGUGAGGUGCAGCAGGGACCAAAAAGCAGUGCUUCCCCACAUCUCCUGGAUUAUGUCUUGCAACAUAUGCUAUUUACCGUGACAAGACGUCCGCUUUGGGAAAAAAAAGGUGGCACAAGUGCAGCGGUUCGAGUAGGCUUGCAUUCACCGUCCACUAAAAAAGACGACGGCUGCAUUUUAUUCAGCCUGAUGUCGUAGCCAUUGUGAGUAACAUUGUGAGCUGAAAGCCGUUUCCAAAUCCAAAUGAAAUACAAUCACAGUUUACACGAGCAAAGAAUGAUCAGUGCAAUGAUGCAAAUUCAUAUAAUAUACUAAUUAAGGAAAGAUUAUCAUAAACAGUUACUGAAAACAAUUCAAAUUACAUCUUCAUUGAUCUUUGAUUAUGUGAGCAUAAUGUGUACCAUCAUUUAAUGAGAGGAGGUGAAGAAACAGAACUGGAGAACACCAUUUCCCAACAUCGUCCUCAGAACCGGAGGCUGGCGAGGCGAGUGCUGGGGUGGCGAGCUUUUUGUUUGACACGUCAGCGUGACAACACAACGACAACAGCGCCUGAAAUAUGUUCUGUUUGUGGAUGUAACUCCUUCCCCUCUGUAGCGUCUUUGGCCUCGUUCAGACUGCCAGGCCAGAUCUGUCUUUUGUUCUAUCCACAAUACGGCCACAUUGAUUUCAGAAAGGCUGAAGAAAGUGAUGAAAGUGCAGCAGAGCGUCAUGGAGGACGACACACAGGACAAAAGUCUGUGGACGGACGCUGAAAUAAACUGUCUGCCGGCAGCUUCUGGACAUUUCUCCUGCUUCUGCUUUGGAAAGCUGCGUCACCAGUGCAUGUAGUUACUCGUGCUUGCGUUGUUGCCAUAGUAACCCAUGCUAGAUAGGUUGGUGAUGUCUGGUCACAUAAAUCCGACCUGAGGACUUGCAAGUUACCGUGUGGAGGGUCUGUCUUUGACGAUCUGACAAACGAAUCUGAUUUGCCUGCAGUCUGAACAAGGCCUUUGAUUCUGGUUCCUCAGGAUUACAAGAACUUGAACUAGAAAACAAAACAGCACCGCAGCCACAAGGUAAAACAUGCAUAUUUGUGUCUAAACAGUGUUGAGAUUUUUUUUGGUUAAACCUACAAAAUUUUCAGUUUCUCCAAGUCCAAUACCGGCCCACUGAGAAUACCAGUGGAUCUGCAAACCUCCUCCUCGUGUCACAAACCUGGCAGCUCGGCGGGCAGGUGUGCAAUCAGGGUACUGCCCUCCACUCAGAGUCAGAUUAUGGAUAUCUUCUCUCAGGUAGCCAUGAUGGAGCCCCUGAAAAGAGCUCUGCACAGGCAUAUAGCCUCAUUCAUUACCCGCUGAAUUGAACUGCAUUUGGUCCUUCCCAAAUGAAUUGGGAAGGACCAGAGAGAAAGGGAAGCCCCCUCCAGGCGGGCCAGGAGCGCACCGGGUGCCAAGUGGGCAAUCCCUCUCCCUGGUUUGCCUGACUUGCUGAUGACAAUGCCUGCUUCUUACAGUAUGAAUGGCCAAACCGUGCUCUUUGUCUUGAUGCCUCUUUUCAGAGGAUCCGUUAGGGGCUACCCUUUGUGGGAGAAGGUAUUGCCAAUCAUCAGUGGCACAGUCCAUAUCUGUUGCAUGGCUUUGCCUACAAAUAAGCAUUGUUUUGGCAAAACAAUGUGAUAAGCAAUGAACUUCCAUAUGCAAGACCACGACAGGUGCAGAGUAGCUUCAUUGUUUUUCGACCAGCAGCGAGUCCACUCAUCAUACAUUUAUUUAAUAGCAUGGCUCAGUGAAUUUGGUCAUCUGCUCGCCUCAACUCAACCAAGACGUCCUGGCAGGAAGAUGAGACCAGACUCAGCUGAGCUUGGGUCUGAGACAGAGAAAAGAGGGGGUGUUGGAUGCUCGAGUUACUGCAGGUCUUAUUCAUGGGGUGUUCCCCCCUGAAUGAAUAAAGCAGCUCCCGUGAAGCCCGCUCUGUAUGGUAACUACACACCAGCCGCUGCGUCAUGGUGUUGCAUUCAGGUUGUCCACCAGGCCGCUGCCCCCCGCCCGUUCACCCCGGUAUCUCCCUUACAUCUGUCUCACCGGCACAAGACGCCCAGUCGCUGCUGUUUCACAGGAGCUUCCUUCCCCAACUUUCAAAUCAAAGAUCAACAAAGAUGCCAUUUGUGGAGAGAUGGAGAAAUUUCCGACGUUUUCCUUUACACUGUGUGUCAAAUUCGGACCUUGACUUUGAGGGCAGAUGAGGUAUUUUUCAACCCCGGGCUCUAAAAAUGUCGAUUAGUGUCAUUUCCAAUGAAACACAGCACCACCUCGCCACUAGCUCCAGUGAUGAGAAACCCACCACGUUGCUGCAGUUUCUUGCAAGCCUUCAGCACAGUCACACACGACUUGUUGAUUUUGUAAGUGUUCAGAACAAAUUUUGAUCUAUACUUCCACAUAAAACCAUAAUCUUAUCUAUUUUGUCCUUAGAGAAGCAAAAUGAAAAAUCUCAAACAGGACUGGGUGGUUAGCUGAGGUUUACUGUUUUACUGAUGCUGACAUUCAGAUGCUGAUGAUUUGUGUCCUUAAUAACGACCUCAUGUAGCCUCAUACACUGAAAUCAAAGCCUGAUCGAUCAAGCUUGCAUCUAAAAUUAAUCUAAUAAAGUUAAUGAGAUUAAUGCAGAAGAGUAAUGUAUUCACUGAAGGAAAACAUUGAAUUAAUAGGAUAAUUAUGUAAAUUCAUUGGGAAAAAUGCUGUUUUUCUGAAUUCACAAGAUAGUUAUCAUAGAUUAUGCAUUAUGAUUCCAUAGCUUUAGGAGUAAUGAUAGUCCUUAGCCUGACACCGAGCUGUAUGUGCAGUGUAACCAAACUGGUGAAAAGAGGCGACAUUCACGUCCCUGCUCUCAUGUCACCUCUGACUGUUGGACAGCUGGACAUUUACAGAAACAGCGGAAGUCUCUUGUGGUGCUCCUGGUCCUGGAUCCUGGUCCUCCUUGACCAGAUGAGAGCUGCAUGUGAAUUUUACAAAUUCGAGGUGGAAAUUAGUGCGACAGUUAGCGUGCAUUUGAAAAACAGGCUGUUCAAAAACUGAUUACUAUUCCUGAGUUUGAUUUUUUUUUUUUCCUAAAUGUACAUUGUGCGUUAAAAUAUUCAACACAGUCAGUAAUAGCAAAUUUGUGUUUCCAUUAAUUGUUUCCUCAGUAUUUAAUUCAUGAGCCUGUUUUUAAGAAAACAUUUUUAAUAGUUUUAUGAGAGGCUGAAUGUGAUUUCCAUAUCGAACUAGAACUAAAACUAGAAGCUGCAGGAAAGUCAGAAGAUCCUCAACACAAAAGCUGGACACGAGCUCUGCCGUGCCCGUUCAUACGCAAAUAAACAAAAUAAUCCCUCCCUUGUUUGGCUUCAGCUGAAAACUACCAAUUCUCUAAAAGUGCACAAAGCAAGAUGCUGAUGUUUAAAUUCAGUCAUCAUAUCAGCCUUAAAGAACCACGGCAGUGCUUUUGCAUGUUCAGUCCAAGCAGCAGCACUGUUGUGUUGUGAUGUUAUCACAGUCUGUGGUCUUUUUCCCAAAGCGGUCAGUGAACGUCACCAGGUGUGUGUGUGUGUGUGUGUAGAAAUGGAAAUAUGUUGCAUGUUCACCGUGAGCACAGCAUGAACAGAGACUUUUUUAAGAAAAAAAAAAUAUAUAUAUUCUGCUGUAUAGAGUGAACCAGUCUGCUGUAAAGUGCAAACCAUUGGGAUUUGAGUUAGAGAGAGAAAGGCAGUUUUAUUUUAUUGGAAGAGCCUUAAGGGCAGGGUUGCUCAAACAGUUUUUGGGUGUUUGGUUGGACUUUUUACGCUCCCUACACAGCAAAGUCAUUAAGCGAGCCAGCUAGCUAAGUUUUCCUUUUUCCAGCAGUAACAUUAAUGAUAUAAUUAAUCAGUGUCAAAUAGGCAUAUAGUAUGAUUUUGCCAUUUUUCACGCCAGUGUGACUUAACAGGUUCCAUCAAUUCCUGCUCUGGAUUUAUUGCAGGAAUACGCAGCCUCUGAAAGACGUCUACUUGAAGUUAUGAAAGUUAUUGAAGACAUGGCCCUUUUUGGUGCAAAAUACGAUUUUAACUCUUAACGUCAAUUCAUCUGUACUUACGUUUCUUGAUGCAAAGUCAUGUCUGGUGCUACAAUUGCUUUCCCUCUGCAAAACAAGAAAUCUGCAAAGUAGUAAGUGCCACACUAAGCGGGAUGUUAAAUGAUGAGUCACAAAAAUGUAAUGCAGGAUGUGCAAUGAUAAUGUUUGGUCUGAAAAAUUGGAUCUGCCAACUGACAAAUGGGAAGUCUUGCUCAUCACCACACAUCUGCUGACACAGUCCAAGUUUAGAGCAGCCACUGAAAUGUAUAAAGCAGUUUAGCAUGUUUGUUGUCAAGCUUUUUUUUUUUUUUUUUUUUUUUUGCUUACUAUGGUUAUAUGGGAACUGAGGAUAUUAGGAGAGGAGGAGAAUAUUGGAGUGCAAUGACUGUACACACACAGCACGGCUCAUGUUUGGCAGUGUUGUCCGUUAAAUGCUUGUACCAGAGCUGUAAAAUAUAAAUUAGCUUUUUACCUAAAGAGGCUACAGUUCACCUCUCCUGGUGUAGCCUACUCUUGUGUUAACAAAAGUGUCUGAAAAUGUGUUUCCAUCACAGCGCUGUCUUACUGGAAUAGUACCUCUGACUUGGACUCGCUUUUUUGGAGAUUAUUGUAUAUUUCUGCAGGUUUUUUCUGAGGUCAUGACACCGUGAUUUGACUGAGUGUUUGUUUGCAUGGCAGGUGGCGAUGUGAUACAUGUGAUGUUUCAGAGGUGGAUCAGCGUACAUUAUGUCUGUCUACAUUUCCUGAUGUGUUGUGACAUAUUUAAAGGGAUUUUAAACCAACUUAAAAACA